CAAAAACAAACGUAAAAAUAAGGACAUGCGCCUUGUGUUGUUUUGCAUUUGGAAAAACCAAAUUUGAACUCAGACAAUCGAGUUUAGGCUUGUGUAGCAACGUGGUAAGACGGACAAUUCGGACGCGGAUAAGUGACUAAGUGUUGUGGCCAACUCGGCAAUUUAGUUUGUUUAAGAAUGUGUUUUAGCGGCAGAAAAGUGAACACCUUGGCUUCCAUAUUAAUAUAAAAUAAAUAUAUAAAAUACAUUUUAUUGUUACUACUGUGCUUUCUGAGAAGGAAUUAUGGAGGAAUUCAAAAACAUAACAAACACGACAUCGGUAGUGAAAAUUUCCGCUUGUCUUGAAAAAAUCUUUAAAAAAAUCACUGAAAGUCGUGAAAAGAAAAUUGCAGAGCAAAACAUUAAGGAAAUCGAAUUUUUAAAAACACAAUGCAAAGCGGAUAUUGUUCAACUGAGUCUUCUGAGCUCACAGACAUUUGUGCGGCUGGUCGAAGGUGGCGUAUUAGAAGCUUCAAAUGUGUUAACCAUGCUAAUUUCCAUGUUGCCGAACUCCAGUCCCUCACAAUACACCACGAUCACCGAAGGUAUCGUCAGCAUACUCUUACUAGGACUAAAACGCAGAGUUGCUCUCUUGAAGGAACACGAAGUUUUCCAAAGCCAAUUCGGUCUGAAGACGCAACAACAUCCUAUUAUAACUUUAUUGCAAAAUCCAGCCGUAAAUAUAAACGAUGUAGCCAACAAGAUUGUCGGCAUUUGUAACCAUCAUGAUCAGCAAAUCAAGGAGCAUAGUGUUGAGUAUUUGCGUCCAGUCUUCCUUUACGUACUUUGCAAUCCACAGACACUGCCCGAUUCGAAAACCAUCUGGACAGGCCUACUAUCAUUAAGUAAAACGAAUCUCGCCGCUAAACAGCUUGUGCAAGAGAUUUUCUCAUGGAGCAAGUUUAACUCAUCCUCAACGUGCCUCUUCACCAGCAUACUGCUAAUCGAAGCGAUUGAACACUGCCUAAAUUGUAAUGAUAACACCACCGUUAUUGAUUUAUGCAUUUUCCAAGCCUUAAUUGUCAAUAAUCUGACGAAAUAUGGCAUUGAUCCACGUCCGAGUCUCCAUUGUUUGCUGCGCGUGUUGCAUAGUACACGCGAACACACUGUCAAUCAUUACAAUGUCUUGCUCAUACUACUCGCCGAGUGUCUACAUUUGCUAUCUCCGAAUUAUCUGCACGAUUUACUACGUAUUAUCGCAUUUAUUGUGGUGCAAGAAUGCUGUGGGAAUCAAUACAUUCUGAACAUGUGUCUCGAUGGUAUCAUCCAGUGGAUGUCUCAGACUGCAUUCAUACCCGCAGAAGGUCUAGCACUCGCACAUCAAGUUGUACGUAAAAUUCUUGGACAAAACAAAGACGCAGCAACGGCGGUGAAGAACUCUACUAUUCGUACGGGAGAGCUGCAGCCAGCACAGGCACGUUAUUUUCAUCCAGAUAUUGCAAUUGCCUUCGAUUUGGCUAAGCUCGUGGAAUCCUUUGAUGAGUCGGAGUUCAAAGAUGUCUUCACAUUUGUCGAUGCGCUUAAUGUGAAAGCGAAUACCAUGUUUUGUCAGCGCUUGCAUUUGUUUUUGCGUGCACUUUUCCUGUCACAAGAACCGUCUAUGGAUUGUUGGUUUAAGAUUUAUGAGUCUAUACUGGAAAUAAUUAAAGUGAAUAGCGGUAUUGCUUAUGAUUUCCUAAUGACGUAUGUCUUUAAAUUGGCUGGUGAACAGCAGCCGGAAAUUCAAAUGGAGCUACUGCGUGGUCUGCCCAGCUUUGCGGUGUCAAAGGAUAAUAUACCAAUGAUUUUAAAUACAAUACGUAAUCUUACUGCCGAAAACGCUACAUUCUGUAUGGAUCUAUAUCUGCGUUUGUGGCGCGUCGAAUCACGCACAUAUCCCUUUUUAAUAAAACUGCUCUCGACACCGCAGAAAGACAGCAAUAAACGUUGGGAAUUCGAGAUCGCUAAAACGCAUACCAUACGCGAAAUUUGUUAUGAAAAACCCACUCAACAUGGCUCCGAUUUGGUUUCUCAUCUCUCCGACACACUGAACUCAUGCACCGAUGAUGCUGGCGAUCUAGCCACGUCACAAGCUCUGGAUGCUAUUGUGGCGCUCUGUGAUAGUCACACCGUAAAUAUUGUCUCUACUUGGCGUGUGCUCAGCAAUAAGUUUAGACAUGAACGUCGUCCACGCGGUCUUAAAUCACUUUAUCGUUUCUUCGCACACAUACCAUUGUUGCACACACCCACCUUGGAGUAUGAACAGUUGGUGGACGAAGCAUUAGAACAACUUUGGUCAACUAUUAGUCGCUCGGAUACCGAGCCGGAACUGGUGCGUGAAGCGUUGGCUGCUUUGAAGAAUUUCGAAAUUAAUACAUUACUCUGUAUGCGACACAUACCUAUACAGUAUCGACAAGAUACGCCUGGUGUGCGUGAGUUUGUUGGCGGCCGGGAGGUAGUUGAUCUACAACAAGAAAUGGUACCUGGCGAAGUUUGGGUACAUUUAUUGCAAAAAAUACGUCCGGAGUGUGGCGCAGCAGCGUCAGAUUUAAUUGCACAUCACAUCUACGCUGAAAUAAAUGGCUUCCGUAGUGGUGUUUACCGUCUGCCCGAGGGUAAGCUGGAACCCCGUAAAUUACAGGGUCUUUUUCCACAAAGUCCAUUGCGCGCCAUUGUCAGCUACUUGGUGAGCCAGUCCCGUUUUGGAGAUCACGUAACCGAGCCACAUGUUGUUACCAAUGCACUAAGGGCGAUUUCGAAAAAGUUUCCCAAACCUAUACCGCCGGUCGAUUGGUGUUUUCUUCACAGUUUCUUCCACCUGUCAUUUGAGGCUAGAAAAUAUUGCAUACUGAUCGCCAAAAACCAGUUACUACAUUCUGGCACGGCAAAACGCUUGUUGGAGAACUUCUUGGCUGAGUUUGAACCGAACUGUUUUGAGGAAGACUUGUUGCUCCUCUUUUCUUUACUACCAGAAAUCGCGAAUGGCAUUAGUUUACAGAUUUUAAAAGGCUUUGCUGAGAAGAUAGCUAUUUACAGCUUUAAGGAGUCGCAACUGAGUGGAUUCAUGGAAGGAUGCCUCUUUGAAAAGUUCAUAGACAGUGUUAAAUACAUAUUCUUGGGCAAAUGUGACAUACCAGAGGUACUUGAUAUAUUCACUUUGAUUGUGGAACGUUAUAUAGACUCCAUGGAUCUGGAUUCGAGACUCUUCGAACGUUACACUGAGGUAGUAUCUGUUCUACAUCCCAAUUCUAUCGAUGGUCUCACAUCGCCCGCAAAUUGGUGGGAAACACCAAUUGGUAAACUGAAAAAGGCGACUAUCAUACGCUGCUACCUUGUAUUGUAUAAUACACAGCUGACCAACCCCUUGAAAUGGCUUAAUCCAAUCAUAGAUACAUAUGCGACCCGUCGCGAGGAGCAGCCAUUCUUUUAUCGUCAUCUUGUUGCCACAUUGUACGCCUUUAAUAACGAUGAGCAGUCAUGCAAUUGGAUUAUGGAAAUGUUUUUACAAAUACAGGCGCUAUUAGCUGAAUCGUCCAACAAAGAGAAAUUAGAUAAAGUUUUGUACCUUUUAGAUAUUUUCAUUUUAGCUGUGGUCGUUCUUUCCGGUUGUGCCGUUUUGUUGGGCAAUUUGGAUUCAGUCGCCACACAACGUAAAGAUCGCUUUGCACUGUUUCCUGAGAGUUUGCAAUUUCUUUGUGACCAUGUCUUCUGGAAAGAUCAGGAAGCGAAGAUUUAUGAGUUCUUGUACAAUCUAUAUAAGAAUAAUGCUAUACCCGAAGCUUAUGCCACCAUCUUCAAGGAUGCCAUCAUAUGUUCGCGUAAUAAAUCAUAUUUCGAUAACAAAGGCAUUUGGACGAAAUAUGUUGGCAUGCGUAAAUGAUUUUUUGAAUUUUGCACAUUUAAACGUGCUUAUGUAACGAGUUUAUAAAAAUGUGCCUUGCUGGUUUUUGCAUUUUGUAUAUUGCAUUGUAAUAGUAAAGGUACAAAGUCAAAGAAACAUAAAAUUUUGCGCACACAAAGUAAAAAUAAGUUAUACUUUUGAAAUAAAUUUUAUUUAAGACUUUUUGAGAAGUGUGUACCGACAUAAUUUUGAUAUAAAAUCCAUUUUUUCGGAAAAUUCGGGAUUAUUGUAUAUCAGAAUAGUAUUGCUUAUUUGUUAAUUUAGCAAUUUCCAUUCAUUUAUGUGUUUUUCAAAGGCCUAACCUUGCAA